UUUCCCCCAAUGAGCUAGUCUAACUGUCGCUGGGUAACACCAAGCUCGAUCAUGGCGCCUAAAUGUUGUGAAAUGUUCGAUACAGUUAAGUUUCGAUGGUUAUUUCACCUCAAGGUUUGAUAAUGUUAUACUCAAAGUUUGACUGUUUGUACCAGAUCGUAGUAAUUGUAGUCAGACACUGUUUACAGGAGGUUUAAAGUUAGAAAAUAGUCGCUGUACCCACCCCCCUCCCCCGUUUGUUGGAGGCGGCUACGCCGGCGGUCGAUUUACAAAGACUUUGUAUCAAUAUUUUCACACCCAACGAUGGCGGCGGAAAUUUUGGGAGACUAUGAUCCCGGCAGGAUCCUCAAACUCGCGGCAGAAGUUGCUGAUUCACCGGACAAAAAGGUGCCAGUAUUACUGCUGGAGUUGCGGGACAUCCUGGAUAUGGCCCCAGCUGGGAGUCCCAACGCACGCAAGAUUCGUCUGGACAUCUGGACCUACGACUUACUACAGGUUCUGGUGCUGGUACUGAAGCAGGAUUUCUCCACCAUCCAUGGUGGCUGGGCCACGGCAGUCAAACUCUCCCAAAUCCUCAGCACCUGCUGCGCCGGACUUGACCCUCCGGAAACCAACGAGUUCUACGACCUCACGCUGCCGUCAGCCACGGACAACCUCCUGAUCCUGUCUCGUAGGAUCCAGGUACGGUACGACAAGAUCGAGGACCCAUCCUCUCUGAUCAAGCUUCAGCUGCUGAAGGACUUCCGUAGUGUCCUGGACUCCAUCAGCUGGCUCAUCAGCCCCAUCCCUGCUCUCAUUGGCCACCUGCUUCACUCCCAGUAUCUCCUACAGAUGCUGCUAACGGACGACGUUGAGACAUCUCGUAGCGUCAUGUCUCUGAUCCAGAACGCCGUCCAUGCCAACCCUACCGCCUUAAGAACCCUGGAGGAGAAAUUCCUCUUCAGUCUCUUGGAUGAAUUUGUGUACAAGCUUUCUGCCAGCACAGACAGUACGUUAGGAAGAUCGGCCACAAGGACUAUCCUAGACAUGACGGAAGCACAUCCAGCUAUAGUUGAAAUCCUCUGUGCAAGGUUUAAGGGUUUGAGACCGCUGCUGGGUAAGUGGUCGGGGAAGGGAUUUGAGAAAGAGCUUCGGGAGCUGACUAAGGUACUUGACGCAGGAACCGUAGAGCAAGUGGAGUCGCAGAAGCUGCACGAUGCCGCGAGGAAGAUUCAAGCAAUGUACAGGGGGUAUCAGACACGGACGCAGCUGAAGAAAGCUAACAAGGCACUGUCGACACUGCAGAGGAGUUUCAGGAAGAAGCGAGCAAACAAGGAACAGGAGCAGGCAGCCCUGAAGCAGCAGGCCGAGCUGAAGCACCAGCUGCGCGUCCGUCGUCAGCGCGCUCUCCGAGAGGCCAGGAGGAAGGAGCUGUACCUGAUGGAGUCACUGCCUGCCCCGCAGGUCAACAAACAUAUCAACCAGCAGCAGAAAAGUGCCGCCAUCAAGAUACAGAAGGUCUGGAGAGGGCACAAAUCUCGCAAAAACUUCCAGACAGAGAAAGACAGCAGAGUCCAGUACCGUGCGGCAUCCUUGAUCCAGCGACAGGUGCGUCUGUGGCUGGAGAGACGGCGGCGGGCGAAACUGGACGAGUCAUUCAUGUUCUCACAGCAGCUGAGCGACGAGCGUAGAGUAGAGCUGCAGGGAAAGAUACGGGAGUACCGGGAGAGGCACGCGGUACACGGCAUCUCGCGGGAAAAGUUGAAGGAGCAACACGAAAAUGCGCAUUCCGUGCUCGCAUCUUACAUGAUGAGGAGAGCAAAAUCACUGAAAGCAGACCAACGGAGAAGAGUACUGUUGGCAGCCCUGGAUACGGAUGCUGAGAUGAUGAUAGCUGCACCCAAACUUGGGGAUGCCACUGAGGAAGACAUCCUACUGUUCUCAAGCAAGUCAGUCCCUGUAGCAGCCAAAGCCCGACACUCCCACGCUGAACACAUGCGGGCCAUGAACCUACAGUGGUACCAGAAGUUGGGAGAUGAGUUUCAAGAUGGCAGCCUUCGAGACGACUUGGAAGAAAACAGUGCCUACCACUUUUAGAAUAGAAAGUGGAAUGCAGUUCUUAAAAUGUGUUUCAAAGUCAUAUCCAUUCUCACAAUGUUUUUAAAUGUCAAUAACAAGAACAGGUUCUGCAUUGUGUGAUAUUGUUUCGAAUUUCAUGAUGAAUGCACGCUGUAUUGUCAGUUAGUAAUCUUUUUUUGCCAGUCAACAGUCUGUCUGAUAUUUUGCAGGGUAAAGUUUUGGACAACUUGCAAUUUUGCAGGCUAGGCAUUAUGGACAAUAGUUUGGCAACAUGAUAUAUACACACAAAUGUAUAUAUAUAUAUAUAUAUAUAUAUAUAUAUAUAUAUAUAUAUAUA